AUGACCAUCAAUCGGAAGCUCAACGUUUUCGAAGGAUUAGUUCAGAAGUACAGAGAUUAUAUUGCAGUUUAUGAAGACAUAUAUAAUAUUGAGCAUCCAGAUAACGAAACUCUCGAUAAAUUACAUCAUGAAAUUAAGUUGGUAUUAAUAAAUAAGUAUAAAAUCGAUACCAAUCAAAUACUUUCGAGUAUCGAUAAUGCUUGCAAGGUCCACGGCCGUUUUUUAAGCUUUUACUGGAAUCUUUUUCGAUUGAUUUAUGAUGAAUAUCCGAAUUCUCUCAAUUUAAACGGUUUUUCGCUUACAUUCAAAGCUCUUCUCAAAAAAGUAUACGAAAUUGACAUCGAACUUCCUAAAUCAUAUAAGGAUAAGACUGUCGAUGAAAUCCUUGCCGUUCAUGAGAACAAUUCUGUUUUAGAAUUAAUUAUGAAUAAUAAAUUAAGACAGUUCCAAAGAUUACUCAACGAAACACAGUUCGAUACAAAAGCAUUAUAUCACCAUGAAACAGAGAGAUGGAAUUUACUCGAAUGGUGCUCAUACUACGGAAAUUCUCAAUUUUUCAAGUUUUUGAGACUAAACAACGACUUACAAAUCACUGAGAAGUGCUUGGAACUAUCAUUCUUAGGAGGAAAUCCAGAAAUUAUGCUUGAAUGCCUCAAAUAUUUCAAACCAACACGCUAUUGCAUGGAAAAUGCCAUUGCUUCUCACAACUUCAAUUUCAUCAAAUUUUUGAAGAAUAAUUUCGACCUUGAAGUCGAUUUAGAUCUCGUGAAGAAGUACGAUAAUCUUCAUGCAUUCCUCAUUGCAAUCGAUUCUAACGAAGACAUUGAUAAUUGCUUCAUCUACAGUCCAUCCUUCUUCAUUCCUUCUUUGACAAAUUUCUUACUUGAAAAAGGUGCAAACAUCAAUGCAAGUAAUGGUAAUGGCUACACUUGCUUGCACACAUGCGCUAAGUAUAAUAGUAUUGAGACAGCUAAACUUCUUCUCAAUAGAAAUUGUGAUCCUAAUAAAGCAGUUAGAGGUUUCACAACUUUGCAUCUUUGCGCAGAAUACGGAAGUGAAAACAAUGAAAUGAUUAAAUUACUCAUUGAUAAUGGCGCUGAUCCAAAUAAGAAAGAUAAUGACGGAGAAUCCCCUUUACAUAUCUGUGCUGCUAAUGAUAAACAAGAUAAAGCCAAAUUCUUCAUUGAAAAUGGUGCGGAAAUCGAUCUAACAAAUAAUGAUGGUUACACGCCAUUGCACAUUGCUACUAUUAGAAAGAGCAAUAAAACAGCAAAGAUUUUGAUUGAAAAUGGAGCAGAUAUCAACAAAUAUACAACAUAUGAAAAGAAGGCUCCAUUGCAUUUAGCAUCGAUGUGCGGUGCAAAAGAAAUAGCUCAGUGCUUGAUUUCUCAUGGUGCAGUGGUUAAUGAUAAAGACGAUGAUUCAUUCACACCACUGCAUUUGUCAGAAAGAAACAAUAAUCUUGAGGUUUCUUUACUUUUAUUGCAAAAUGGUGCUGAUGUAAAUGCAAAGAAUUAUUUCAACAACACACCAUUGCACUAUGCAGCAACAGUAAAUCUCAUUGAGAAUGCGAAAAUUCUAUUAGAUUUUGGCGCUGAUCUUAAAGCCAAAAACAGCGAUGGAAUGAGACCAAUAGACAUUGCAAAAUCAAGAAAUAAUACUAAGACAGCACAGUAUCUUAUUGAAAGAUACAAUUCUAAUAACUCAGAAUCUUUUGAAGAACAAUUUACGGUUUCUUUAGAUAUUUCAUCAAUGAAGGACAAAACAGAUCCGGCUCUAUCUUUACUCAAAGACGAUGCAGAUAUUCACUCAAUUGAAGAUCAAGAUGUAAAUUAUCGAAAACAAAAUGGCUCAAAAAUUCAAAAGCAAAUUCUUGCAGAGCAAAAUCGAAAUGAUAUCUUAUGA